GAAGAGAACGUAUAGCUCAGAAGUGUUCAGAUUAAAGAGGGAAAAGAAAAGAAAAAACCGAUGCCGAAACCGAGAUCUUAACAAAGGAAAAGAGAUCGAAAUCUAAUAAAAUAAUGAAAGCUUUGAACUUUGUUCUUCAGUUUCUAUUAUUCCUUUUGUUGUUUUCAUUACAAAAAGCACUCGCUAAUGGCGUCACUCCCGUGGAAGCCAGGCAGCUCAGAGAUGAGGUGCGUGAAAUGUUCUAUCAUGCUUUUGAUGGUUAUAUGGAGCAUGCAUUUCCACUUGAUGAGUUGAGGCCUCUGUCGUGUGGAGGAGAAGAUACGCUUGGUGGUUACGCAUUGACACUGAUUGAUUCUUUAGAUACACUGGCUUUACUUGGAGAUCGAGAACGCUUUACUUCCUCUGUUGAAUGGAUUGGUAAAAAUCUUCGGUUUGAUAUAAAUAAAACAGUGUCUAUUUUUGAGACCUCCAUCAGGGUCCUUGGAGGUUUACUUUCUGCUCAUCUUAUUGCAAGUGACUAUGCGACGGGCAUGAGAAUUCCUUCCUAUGACAAUCAAUUACUCGACUUAGCUGAAGAUCUGGCUAGGAGGUUAUUACCUGCAUUUGACACUCCUACAGGAAUCCCAUUUGGAUCUGUUAAUUUAAAGUAUGGAGUUGAUGAACAUGAAAGCAAGAUAACAUCUACAGCUGGUGGUGGGACUUUGACCCUCGAAUUUGGAGUGCUAAGCCGUUUGACAAAUGAUCCUAUUUUUGAGCAACUUACAAAAAAUGCUGUUCGGGGCCUAUGGGCUCGCCGUUCAAAGCUUAAUUUAGUUGGUGCUCACAUCAAUGUGUUUACUGGUGAAUGGACACAGAAGGACGCUGGAAUAGGGACAAGUAUUGACUCCUUCUAUGAGUAUCUCCUGAAGGCAUAUUUAUUAUUCGGAGAUGAAGAGUAUUUAUUCAUAUUCCAAGAAGCAUAUAGUGCUGCUAUGCACCAUCUUUACAAUGAUCCCUGGUACGUAGAGGUCAAUAUGGAUUCGGCUGCUAUUGUCUGGCCACUAUUUAACAGUUUGCAGGCGUUUUGGCCUGGGCUUCAGGUUUUAGCAGGAGAUAUCGAUCCUGCUAUUCGAACACAUACUGCCUUCUUCAGUGUCUGGAAACGAUAUGGUUUUACUCCGGAGGGUUUUAAUCUUGCUACACUUAGUGUUCAGCAUGGGCAAAAGAGUUAUCCUUUGCGUCCGGAGUUAAUAGAAAGCACAUAUUGGCUCUACAAAGCUACCAGAGAUGCCAGAUAUCUGGAUGUUGGACGAGACAUAGUUGCUAGCUUGCAAUACGGGGCUAGGUGCCCAUGUGGUUAUUGUCAUAUAUCAGAUGUCGAGAAUCACAAGAGGGAGGAUCACAUGGAAAGCUUUUUCCUGGCAGAAACGGUGAAAUAUCUAUGGCUACUUUUUGAUUUGGCUGUGGGUCCCGACAACCUUGUUGAAAAUGGACCGUACAAGUACAUAUUUAGCACCGAGGGCCAUUUGUUCCCUGCAACUCCUCAAAUAUCCCUAUUACAAGAGCAUUGUUCAUAUUUUGGGGCUUAUUGUAGCCAUGGCAACUUAAAAGAAGAUCCCUGUGCAUCAGACAAGUCUGCUGAUUCUCAAGAAACCAAUGGUAAUAGAGUUUCUGAGGGUAGGGUUCGCACGGAAUUUCCUUUGGACUCUUCUUCUUUCGAGUCAUCUCCUGUAUCAGGUCUGAUUAAGGGCCUUUGUACGGGACUGACUCACGCGCAGAAGUAUGGCAUUUCGUAUCCAGCUUCAGUUGAUGCGCCUAGUGAAGAUGAUUCUGCUAAACAAAAUGACAAUGUGGCUCAGGGCCAUGCUGUAGUUGUCUUUUCUGACCAGAUUGCUAAUCAAUCACUAUCCGGGGACAGCAACGAUGACAAUGUUAAGGAAUCAUCUGAAAUGGAAUCCGAGAGGGAACCGGAGAGGGAUCCAUCUCAAUCAUGAAAAGGCUUCUCGGGUGUGUAUAACUAACCGGAGGUAGUUUGUGCCCCAAACCGCAUAUAACGGAGCCGGAUCUCAGCUCUUUCCUCUGUGCUAUUUUCCUUGAAAGACUAUUAUAUGACUGAUGAAACAUUGGCUGCUGAGACAUCAUUUUAUCUACACAUUUUUAUACUCAACAGACUUGUACAAUCCGGCAACAACUGUCGAUACAAUGAGUACAUUUUUUUAGGCUACAGUUGUGAACUGCAAGACAGAGUAGGCUGUAAGGUAUCUGUGCUGUUAUGCUGGUCGUUGUAUCGUCGAGAACCCCCACCCCAGGCGGGAAAUUAGGCACUUGUUUACUUACAGGGAAAUAUUUUUUUUUUUGGUGAACAAAGGAAAAACUUUGCAAAGAUUUAACAGAACUUGUGUACGUUUUGUGUUAAGACUAAGGUUGAUUACGGUGGCUGCGCCAUUAUCAUCCUGGAUCGGCUGCUCGAGUGGGACAACCAGUUUCGUUUGGGUUUCCGAUGAUUCGGGGACUG